AUGACCAGACCUGCGAAGAGCUUGGGUGCCCUCUACGGGCAGGAGGAGAGAUGGAGCCUGGUGCCUUCCCUUCCCACCAGGCGGAGGGAGCGGGGAGGACCCGGCGGUUUGCUGCGGAGGAUGCUAAGUUUGUGCUGGCUGCUGCUCCCGCUGGUUGCGGGAAUCCAUCCAGAAUGCAAGAUAUUCCAGCAGGUGGUCAAAGAGGAGGCUCUCUGCUUAGAAAAGAAUGAAUCUGUUUCACCUGAUCUUAAAGGAUGCACCAGAGAUUGGGAUGGUCUAACAUGCUGGCCCAGAGCCACUUUUGGGGAAGUAGUUAAAGUUCCCUGUCCAAGAUUUUUUGAAGAAAUCACCAAUAUCCACGGCUUCCUUCAGAGAAACUGUACACAGGAAACCUAUUGGUCAGAACCAUUCCCACCAUACACCGUCGCCUGUGGAUUCGAUGAAGGUUCCAGUAAAGGCCCUGAGGAUCAGAAAUCAUAUUAUUCUGCAUUUUGGCGUGUCUACACUGCUGGCUAUGCAGCAUCAGUGACUUCACUCAUUACAGCUCUAAUUGUGUUUGCUGCCUUCAGAAAAUUCCACUGUACACGGAAUUACAUCCAUAUGCACCUGUUUGUCUCCUUUAUCCUGAGAGCAAUUGCUGUUUUCACCAAAGAUGCUGUUUUGUUUGCAGAUGAAACUAUGGACCACUGCCUAAUGUCAACGGUUGCCUGUAAGGCUGCUGUGGCGUUCUUCCAGUUCAGUAUUUUAGCCAAUUUCUUCUGGCUUCUUAUAGAAGGGAUAUACCUGCAAACACUGCUUUUGCUGACCUUUGUUUCAGACAAGCAGUAUGUAUGGUGGUUCAUAUUUACUGGCUGGGGAGCUCCCACUGCUGUGAUGUUUGCUUGGAUCCUCACAAGAAUCCUUCGACAAAAUACCGGAUGUUGGGAUGAUGAUGAAAAUGGAGUGGUGUUAUGGAUCAUCAAAGGCCCCAUUCUGCUCACUGUAUUAAUUAAUUUUACUAUAUUUAUUAAUGUGAUAAGAAUUCUAGUCCAUAAACUGAAAUCUCAAGAGGGAGGAGGGAGCCAUUCAAGCCACUUUGUGAGACUUGCUAAAUCCACGUUGCUCUUGAUCCCCCUCUUUGGAGUGCACUACAUUGUCUUUGCAUUUUUCCCAGAAAACACUGGUCUGGAAGCUCGUCUUUAUAUUGAGCUGGGCUUGGGUUCUUUUCAGGGAUUUUUUGUCGCUCUUCUAUAUUGUUUCUCAAACGCAGAGGUUCAAAGUGAACUGAAGAAACAACUGUGCAAAUGGCAGUAUCAAGAAUACCUGAACUUCACACACAAACAUAGGACUUUGUCCAGAGAAAACAGUCCAGUCAACUACGUCACUCAGUUAUCACUGCUUGAAAAAAUCAGUCCAAAAAGGAAAACAUCUAUGUACCAGAAUGGUGUAACUUCUGUCUGAGCUUUUCUA